AUGUAUUCAUUUUAAAUAUUCUUAUUACGUUUUAAACCAUUUGUUUUUAACAUAAGUAUUUUUUUUUAAUGGAAUUUUAUUCAUUUAUUUUAAUAUCUAUUAUCGUUUUCGUUUUGAAACCAGACGAAGGCGUACAAUACAAAAAAUAUAAUGAAGAUUAUAAGAAAUACAUCCAUAGAGUGGUGUCUCGCAUUCAUUCACAAAUUGGAUCAAAUGAAAUGCAAAGUCUAAAACUAAAACAACAUUCAAAUAAUAUGGAUGUACAAGAAAAUCCUCAACUAGAUGAUUUCUCGCAUUACUAUCGUUAUACAAUAAGUGUACUUAUUUUCAAGUACACUGAAAUACUAAAUAAAUUUCUCGAUUACAUGCAUAUUAUCAUGAAUCAAUGUAAGCAAUUUCAUGAAAGAAAUGACUGCGAACAAUUUAUUUGUUGUGUAACAUUACUUGAAGUAGAAGUGAAAAAUUCUAAGACUAUGUUUGGAUAUCUCCAAAAUGCUAUGAAAUUUAUAAGCUACAUAGACAUAAAGUGUUUGUUUGUUGGAAUCAUCAUCAUGCCGAAUCCUAUUACUGAUGAAAUCACCUUUUUUCAACAAUUUAUAAAAAUAUUAGAAUUGAAUUUCGAUAUCAAUAUCUCACCAAAUCUUGAAGGCUCUGAAAUGAAAUUAGAAUUUUUCACUAAAUUUUAUACAGACGGACUAGAAAUAUUAAACAAAAGUUUUCAUUAUAGUAAUAUCAUCGACGAUUCUAUAAAAACCGAUUUGACUACUAAUAAAAAUAUGGAAUACUCUAAUGAAAACAACUUAAACAUCGUCUAUUUAUCAUGUAGUGAACUUAAUUCAUUUUACAACGAAACCAUAGAAAUUUGGUACAAACAUCUUGGCUUUGAACAAUUUCUUAAUCCUAAAACACCUGAAUUCACACCUCCAAAAGAUCCGCAAAUAAAACAAGACGAUGGAAUUGUAGCUCUCAAUAUUCUUCUUAGGGAAACUGGUUGGAAAUCAAUGAAUCACAUAAAUAUCGUUUAUUAUAAUAAAAUAUACAACUUAGAUUCUAUAAUAAGUGACCCAAUUGAUGACAUAAAUUUUCGAAUAAAAAAAGAACAUGUAACAAAGUUACUAAGAUGUAGGUAUACAGAAAUACUUAAAAACUACCAUGUAUUAUUAUCUACUAUAUUUUUUUUAUGUAAUUAUGAUUCAUUUUACUUCCGAAACAAAUGUUUGAUUGAAUUAUUUAAUUCAUUAGACAAAUCUAAAAAAAUGCUUGAAGGGUUGCAUACAGCUCUAAUUACUUUAAAUAAAUCAUCGAUAUGGAUUGUUAAUCUCAGAUCUUAUUCUAGUUUACAUAAAAUAUUAGAAUGGGUUGCAGAUAUUCUUUAUUUAUUGAAUACUAAUAAUUUUUCUCGAAUUAAUUUUGACAAUGAAACUGAUAAUCAAAAAGCUAAUGAAAAAAUUAAAAAACAUUUAGCAAAUUUUCGUAUUAUUCUUAGUAACCUUCAUACUUAUUUACAUGGCCAAAUAAGUUAUUUGCACAAUUGGUGUUUAUUAACAGAACCUUUUUAUGAGAAAAACGAAAAAAAAAUUUUUUUUAAGAAUUUAGUAAAAAUAUCGAAUGAUCCAAAUACUCCACAGAAAGUUCAAAUUUAUCUUAAUGCGUGUGAUUAUUUUGACAAUUUUUGUGAAGAUAUUUAUAUGUCAUGUUAUAAAAAUCUUGGUUUCGAAAAAGUUGACUGCCGUAACAAAAAAUUAGACCAUAAACUUGUUCGAUAUCUGAAAAUUAGAUGAAUUAUUUAUCUACUUAACCUUCACUACAUAGUAAAAGUUGAAUUUAUAAAAUAGAUUUCAUAAAAUAAUUAUUUAAUUAUUGUUAGUUAUUUAUGUUUAAAUGAGAUACGAAUAAUUUUAAAACAUUUCCGGAAUUCUUAUUUUGCUUUACUUAUCCCCCAAAUCUUUAUGUACAAAUUCACUGUAUUUGUUACAGUCUUCAC